AAGACUGAGAAAAUAGGAAAAGAAACGCCGAGAAAGAACGAGAAAGCGAAGGAAAAUCCCCGAGGAACGAGAAGAAAGGAAGAGGAAAAUGGUGGUGGAGGAGGCGCUAAAGUCAGCGACUACCGAGGAAGAGAUCAACACCAACACGAACGCAAACCCUAACCCGAACCCUAGGGCUGGCGGAGCUGGAGAGGAGGACGAGGAGCCCGAGGAGGGAGAGAUCGUAGGGGUAGACGAGGACUCGAAGCAAACGGCAACGGCUUUGGUGGACCAGCUCCACCCGCUCGAGCACUCGUGGACCUUCUGGUUCGACAACCCCUCUGCCAAGUCCAAGCAGGCCGCUUGGGGUAGCUCUCUGAGGCCGAUCUACACCUUUGCUACGGUCGAAGAGUUCUGGAGUGUUUACAAUAAUAUUCAUCAUCCAAGCAAGUUGGGUCACGGAGCAGACAUCUAUUGUUUUAAACAUAAAAUAGAGCCAAAAUGGGAGGACCCUGUUUGUGCCAAUGGAGGGAAGUGGACUAUAACCUUUUUUAAUAGAGGGAAAUCUGACACUUUUUGGUUGUAUACGUUGCUGGCAAUGAUUGGAGAGCAAUUUGAUCAUGGGGAUGAAAUUUGUGGAGCAGUUGUCAAUGUCAGAGCUAGGCAGGAAAAAAUAAGCGUGUGGACCAAGAAUGCUACAAAUGAAGCUGCACAGAUGAGCAUUGGGAAACAGUGGAAGGAGUUUCUCGACUACAAUGAGACGAUAGGAUUUAUAUUCCAUGAUGAUGCAAAGAAACUUGACAAAGCUGCCAAGAAUCGGUACACAGUAUGAUUGAUGUGUAUGCCAAGAGGAUGCAAGAUGUUUUCUGGUUGCUGCCUCAUCCUAGAUACCAUUCUAGGGCUUGGUCUGAUGAGUUGUCCCUGCUUUGGACUAUUUUCCAUUUUGUGAAAGAAAUUUACAAUGAUAAGCUGAAUUAGACUUCCUUAA